CUCUGGGUUACGUUGAGUUUCCGUCAGCUCCUGCCCCACCGAAGUAUCCACAGGGCUCUUGGUAGUGGAAGCUGUUUGUCCUGCGACCAUCACCCUAGAUCCUGGGCACAUACAGGAAGUCAGGGGAACGUACGGUACAUGCAGGAGACACCGUUCUGCCUCAGUGUUGGACACCUUCUCUCCUUCACCAUGUCAGACUCCAACUCAACCGACGUCACCAACCCCUCCACUUUCAUCCUGCUGGGCAUUCCUGGCCUAGAGGCAGCCCAUGUCUGGAUCUCCAUCCCCUUCUGUGCAAUCUAUGCCAUAGCCCUCUUGGGAAACUUUGCCAUCCUGUUCAUCAUAAAGACAGAGCCGAGCCUCCAUGUGCCCAUGUACUAUUUCCUCUGCAUGCUGGCCGUCACCGACCUAGUCCUGUCUACAUCCAUCCUACCCAAAAUUCUGAGCAUUUUCUGGUUCAAUUCCAGGGAGAUCAAUUUCACUGCAUGCCUUACUCAGCUGUACUUCAGUGUCAGCUUCUCUACGAUGGAGUCUGGGAUCCUCGUGGCCAUGGCUUUUGAUCGCUAUGUGGCCAUCUGCGAUCCCCUGAGACAUUCCACCAUCUUGUCAAACCCCAUGGUGACCAAAAUUGGCCUGGCUCUGGUGCUGCGCGGCGUCAUACUCGAACUGCCCUAUCCCUUCCUGGCGAGGAGUUUGCCAUAUUGCAGAACAAACAUCAUUCCCCACACGUACGGUGAGCACAUAGCUGUGGUGAAGCUGGCCUGCGCCGACAUCCGUGUCAGUAGUUACUACGGCCUCUCUGUGGCAUUCUUCGUAGUUGCUCUGGAUGUGUCUUUUAUCGCCGUGUCCUAUACCCAGAUCCUCAGGGCCAUCUUCAGACUCCCAACAAAGGACGCUCGACUAAAGACUUUUGGGACCUGUGGUUCCCACCUCUGUGUCAUCUUAGUCACUUACAUCCCAGCUCUCUUCUCCUUCCUCACGCAUCGGUUUGGGCACAAUGUGGCUCUGCAUUUCCACGUUCUCAUGGCCAACAUGUACCUCCUGCUGCCCCCCAUGCUAAACCCCAUCAUCUAUGGGGCGAGGAACCAACAGAUCCGGGAUAGGAUGCUCCAGCCCUUUACUCAUAAAGGGACCUAA